GUUUCCCGCCGGGCCAGUGACGCUGGGGUCUGGCCUUGAUCCCGAGGACAGGACGGUGCUGUUCCAGGGGGAACAUGUCCAGUUUCUCUAAGGCUCCACAGCAAUGGGCCACUUUUGCUCGGGUUUGGUAUCUUUUAGAUGGGAAAAUGCAGCCUCCUGGCAAACUAGCUGCUGUGGCAUCAAUUAAACUUCAAGGAUUGCAUAAACCUAUAUACCAUCAACUGAGUGACUGUGGGGAUCAUGUGGUCAUAAUGAACACAAGGCACAUUGCAUUUUCUGGAAAUAAAUGGGAACAAAAAGUUUACUCCUCACAUACUGGCUAUCCAGGUGGAUUUAAACAAGUAACAGCUGCUCAGCUACACCAGAAGGAUCCAGUAGCAAUCGUGAAACUAGCUAUUUAUGGCAUGCUGCCAAAAAACCUUCAUAGAAGAACUCUGAUGCAGAGAUUGCAUCUUUUCCCAGAUGAGGACAUACCAGAAGAUAUUCGUAAGAAUUUAGUAGAAGAGCUGCCUCAACCACGAAAAGUACCCAGACGUCUAGAUGAGUACACACAGGAAGAAAUAGAGGCUUUCCCAAGACUGUGGUCUCCACCUGAAGAUUAUCGACUCUAGAAGAAUGACGAUGGCAGGAAAGAGCCACGCGGUGACGGCAGCUUCUUCCCGAGGAGUCUCCGGAGCUGCAGGCAGAGUGCGGCCGCCGCUGCGUUUGGACGAGGAACUGGACAUGGGCGCUGAAAGCUUAUGGAGAAGGCUCUGGAGGUGAUGCUCCUUAAUAGGAAAUUGCAAUAAAAUACAUUAUUUUAUAGAAUUAUUUUAUUAUAUAGUCCAAUUUGAAUUGCUGUAAGGGAUGCUAAGAAUAAAACUGCUUACUUGUGUAA